GCGAGUCUGGCAGACUUGGCAGCUCACCCAGCGGCGGCCCAUGUGACCGGCUGUUGGUGUUGGUGCGUGCGGCGUCCGGUUCGGUGUGAUGAGUGAACGCGAGUGAGUGACCUGCCGCGGACCUGAGAGCGAUUAGUGUGUUGUUGGACGGCGCAGCAUCCGGCAGGUGGUAGGAGCGGCGGUCGCACGAUAAGCGGAGAGCGAGUGCCUCGCGCACCCCGCCGGCCCUGCUGCCCGUGGUGCUGCUGGCGUCGGGCGGCCAAGACGUCGGCCGCCGAGGCUGGCGGCCAUGAUGACGACGACGACGGCCACCGCGAGAGUUCGUCGGUGAGUCGGCUGCUGUUGCUGUGUUGUUGUCUGCCGCGCAGAAACCGCCACAGCUACUGUUGCUGUUGCGAGCAGCACUCCCGCCACCCUCAGCACGCCCUCAGCCCCCCUGACGCCUCCCCACGCCACCUCCGAGACGAGGACGACGCCGAGGACCUCGGACAGGAGCUCCUGCCUGCACUGACCGCCAUCCCAGAGGACAGCCACGAGUCGGAGAGCGAGAGCCAGCAGCAGGCGGAAGUGCAGCAGGCGCCGAGCCGGCGGUCGUCUCAUUUGAAGCAGCGCAACUCGUCGCCGCGGUUGUUUUCGUCGCGCGGCUCCACCGACUCGACUGCCAGCUAUGUGCAGAUCGCGGCGGCCGCGUGCGCCGGCGGCCACGGCCACCCGUUGAGCAGUUCGUCCAGCUCGAGCAGCGGCUCCAGCAGUGUAUUCUCAAAGACGCCAAGCCGCCGCUCCAACGUGUCUUUCGCCAACCAGAUCUUCGCUCCCUCAGCAAAUCGCCCGCCGAUUGUCUCCCAGUCGAGCGUCGGCGGUCGAACGAUGCAAGCCGAGCAGGGCAGCAUCGGCGACCUGCAGAAGUACCACAACAGAUACCUCAGGAACCGCAGGCAUACCUUGGCUAAUGUCCGUUUCGACGUUGAAAAUGGUGCCUCCCCCGGACGUAGCCCGCUGGACGGAGCUUCACCCUCGGCCGGACUCGUUCUGCAAAACUUGCCCCAGCGCAGAGAGUCCUUCUUGUACCGCUCCGACUCGGACUUCGAGAUGUCUCCAAAGUCCAUGUCUCGCAACUCAUCCAUCGCCAGUGAGAGAUAUAAGGAGACUGAAGUUGCGGAGCGGUCUCAUGGAGAAGACCUCAUCGUCACACCAUUCGCACAAAUCUUGGCCAGUCUUCGCAGCGUGCGCAACAACUUCAUCAGCCUCACAAAUGUGCCAAGUAGCAAAUCUAGAAGAUCUUCUGCGGCGCAAGGUGGUGCGGCACCCCAAGUUAAAAAUCACACACCUGGUGAUGAGAGUUACGUGAAGAUGGCUGUGGAGACGAUGGAGGAGCUGGACUGGUGUUUGGACCAGUUGGAAACCAUCCAAACCCACCGCUCCGUCUCCGACAUGGCGUCGCUUAAGUUCAAACGGAUGCUCAACAAAGAACUCAGCCACUUCUCCGAGUCCAGCAAAUCAGGGAAUCAAAUAUCUGAAUACAUCUGUUCCACAUUCUUGGACAAGCAGCAGGAGCUUGACAUUCCGUCCCUGCGCAUCGAGGAGUCGGGGACCGCGCCUGAUGGAAGAACAUCCACGUCGGCUGCCUCAGCCGCCAGCAAGAAGAAGGAGCGCGGCCGUCAUGGCCCGGGCACCAUGUCGCACAUCCAGGGGGUCAAGAGACCCCUAUGCCACACUAACAGCUUCACUGGAGAAAAGCUGCCCACCCAUGGCGUGGAAACACCACACGAAGAGGAGCUCGGCCAGAUGUUGGCGGAUAUUGAUAAAUGGGGCAUUGACAUCUUCAGAAUCGGUGACCUUUCGUGUAAUCGUCCUUUGACUGCAGUUACCUACACUAUUUUCCAAGACCGUGACCUUCUAAAGACGUUCAUGAUCCCCUCCAAGACCCUGGUCAACCUGAUGAUGACCUUGGAAGACCAUUACCUUAAAGAUGUUCCGUACCACAACUCGCUCCACGCGGCGGACGUCACCCAGUCGACUAAUGUUCUGCUCAAUUCGCCAGCCCUAGAGUCUGUCUUCACCCCCCUGGAAAUCGUGGCCGCGAUUUUCGCGGCGACCAUCCACGACGUCGACCAUCCAGGACUGACCAACCAGUUCCUCAUAAAUUCAAGUUCAGAGCUCGCUCUCAUGUACAAUGACGAGUCAGUAUUAGAAAACCAUCACUUGGCGGUGGCCUUUAAGUUGUUACAAAAUGAGGACUGCGAUAUUUUUGUCAAUCUUGGGAAAAAGCAGAGACAAACGCUCAGGAAGAUGGUAAUCGACAUGGUUUUGGCGACUGAUAUGUCAAAGCACAUGAGUCUGCUAGCCGACCUGAAGACCAUGGUGGAGACUAAGAAGGUUGCCGGCUCGGGCGUGCUGCUGCUGGACAACUACACGGACCGGAUACAGGUGCUCCAGAAUCUGGUGCACUGCGCCGACCUGAGCAACCCGACAAAACCUCUCGCCCUCUACAGAAAGUGGGUCGACAGAAUCAUGGAGGAGUUCUUUGUUCAGGGUGAUAAGGAGCGAGAACAAAACAUGGACAUCAGUCCGAUGUGUGAUAGGCAUUCAGCAACAAUAGAAAAGUCACAAGUUGGCUUCAUUGACUACAUUGUGCACCCGUUGUGGGAAACGUGGGCGGACCUGGUGCACCCGGACGCACAAGACAUCCUGGACAACCUGGAGGAGAACAGGGACUGGUACCAGGGCAUGAUCCCUCCGAGCCCGCCGGCCGUGACCGAAGACGAGGCGGGAGGCUCCGGUGAGGGCGGCAUUCGCUUCCACGUUACCCUCGAGGAGAACGACGAUGCCGGUGAGGACGAGCCUCACACGGCAGCCGAAGAGGAGGAGGAGGCGGCCGCGGGGGCUGCCUCCGAGGAUGGAAUGUGACGGAGAUUGGUCGGAUUCUGCAGGAAACUGCACGAGAAGAUGCAGCAGUGGUGGUUAAGGAGCAAAUGAUAUAUCUUUUUAUUGUGCGCAUAAACAGCAAACGUAAAGAAAUUAUUAACAAAACAUGUAUUUGUAAAAAAGAAAAAUAAUAACGAGGAGGAACAAGACACACACAUUCAGACAGCAACCAUUUCACUGAAACGACGAUGAUAUAUUUAUUUUUACACUUCUUUCGUGCAGCAGAGAUGAUUGCGAAUAAUUGAAAGGACAAGAUAUAUGAAACGGAGAACAGCGACGGUGAAUAUGGAUGUGCCGAAUGAUUUCAGAAAGGCAGUUUUCAAUUGAUUCUGACGCUUGAUCCUCUCGGUUUAUUCAUUUGCUCUCUAUUUUUUUGCCAUCGUGUUUGUAUUACUUCUAGUAUGUUGCUCUUGGCUAGUUUGUUGUCAAUCCUCAUCAACCCCUCACUCACAGAAUCACAAUAAUAGUUGUUGUGCACACACUCUCACUCACACCGACAGACAGAUAGCGUGCGUUUUAUAUUUUUGGAAAUGUUGUGUAUUGUAAUUUCAUCCGCAGCCGUAUGACGACGUUUUAUUUUAACUUCUGUUCUUACAAGCUGGCCUUGUAAUUUUCAUAUCUCAUAAUGUACCAUUAAUUAUUGUGUAACAUGCACGCGCUCGUAGUAUUUAAUUUGCCAAGACUGCCUCAAAUGUAGACUGCAAUCAGAGCUGGAAACGGUACUUCAAAAACACUGGUGUUCCCAUUCAAUAGAAAACCUCAAACUUCAAAUUAUGACGAUGCACACUUUUUCAGUGUGCUGAAUUCAAAUUUUACUAUUUGUAACAAAAUCCUGUUAUUCCAAAAAUUCGUUCUGUAAUAAAUUCUUUGACGCACUAGUUAAAUUUUCAAUUUUCAGUUUUUGUCCACUCAUUUGAGGCGGUGUUGAUUUCACACGUGGAUUAUUUUCUUUUCGCAGAGAGAUAAUCCAGCAAUACCAAAGAUUGAAUUACAAAAGAAAUUUAUUACACCUUUGAAUGCCCCGAUUCUGUCCAGCCUUACGUUACGAUCGAUCGGUCGCGCGGCGCCGCGGCGGCGCCAAUGAUGCGGGCCAUCAGGCACUGCACGCGGCGCCCUAAACAUAAUACGCUGAGCAAGGCUUAUACAUAUUUUAUAUAAGUUUAAAUAAGAGAACACAAACAGACACACUCACGGUGUAAAAGUACUGCUUUCUCAAAUGUGUUUGGUUUUGGGGAAUGUCGAUGAGGUAAAACUUGAUAGCACUACAAGACCUAGUGUGAGAACUUUGCUGGAGAAUGCUAUGUUUAAGAGAAAGAGAAACAAACAAACAAAUUGCGCUUGAUUGAUUGACUAAUUAAUGAUUAAUUUUUUCGCGAGGUGAGAUAUGAAGUUGUGUAUAAUUAUAAACAUAUAUUUAAAGGUAUAAAGAAACUUAGACGAAUAAUUAUGAAAAUGCUGCUGCGAUGAUAUUUAAUUAAUGAGUGUGGAAUGUUUACCCUAACAAAAACACAACAACUCACUGUGCGUAUUCGACGAAAUUAUUGUAUAAAAAAUCUUAAAAUGCGAAAAUACAAAAACCACUAACCUACUGAGACAGACACACAAUGUACUAUUUAGAGCUGAUUUUAGUGAAAACAAGGAAUUCUGUAGCGAGUGAUAUUUAAGUAUUUAGUCUCACACACACACACACACAGCAUACACUGAAUUUGUUUGGACCUUCUCAAGUUUCGAUUUUGCGAAUGGAGAUGAAAAAGAAUCACGAUUGUAGCGAGUGAAAAAUUACUAUAUUAAUUACUUUUGUCAUUUCGAUGCUGGUCAUUGGAAGAUUCAACAAACAAAAGGACUAAACUGAAAAUAUUAAGUUCAAUUUGAAGCAUUGCUACUUUGAGGUACAAGCAGGGUCUUAAAAUGAAAAGAUUUAUUACAACUUUGUUGACUUUUGCUAUUUAGUUGUUCUUUUGUGUGGUACAAAAACAAAUUAUUUAAGAUAAAAACAAUGUAAUAUAUGAUACAAAAAGAAUAGAUUGUAUUCGCACAACACUGAUUUUUAUUUAACUUUCUCAGAAAUCGCCUUCUGUUUUUCAUUCAUUCUUCUCUCUCAGCUGCAGCUUUUCUAAUGUUACAAACACAAUACUCUCGGUUCAGUAAAUGUGAUUCAAUUUAGACUUUGCUGACUGUGAGCUAAAUAAUGCGCAUUGGUGAGAAAACAACUCCAUAUCAUGCAGAUCAGUGGAAAUAACAGCAGUGGCUUGUCUUUUUUAGAGUUUCUGCUCGCAAAUCGACAGCCAGUGCAUCAAAUUGCAAAAACGCUCGUUAGGGAUAUUAGCCACUUACACCUUAACUAUUUAAAAUUCUUAGAUACUUAGUUUCGGUGAUUAUAAAUUGAUGGACUGAAGCAAAAUAUAAUUGUAUAACACAGCAGCUUUCUUUACUCAAAACUUAUCGUUUGCGCAGUAAAAAAAUAAAAAGAAUUAACAAAAGCGGUGUCAUGUGUGUUUAAAUUGGACAAAAAAUGAGGAGUAAAGAGUCGCUGUUCCACAUAGCAGAGUAUUUUUAAACCUCCUAAUAUCUUGGUGUUUAAACGAAGCAGAUCAAAAUUCAGAGGAACUAAAGAAUAUACGCGAACUAGCGAAACGAGUGUUGAGCUAAAGACGAUUUUUGUUGUCGUUGUUGUUGUUGACUACGCAGUGGGCGUUUGCGCGCGGAAAGACCCAAGCCCCUGGAAAUGCACCCUGUAUACUUGUUAAUUGUGUUGAAUAGCUCGGACACACGCCGCGUACGUUAUUUUUACUAAAAAUGAAUCAGCUUUUAUUGCGACGAUGGAAAAGAAAGAAUCAAAACCUCUUAAGAAGCCACCAAUAAUAUCCUGUCGAAUAAUCUUUGGUAUUUAAAUGUUUGUGUAAGUGUAAGCAGGUGUAUAAUAAACGCAAAAUACAAAAUCACAGCAAAAAUACAUGUAUGUUGGGUUCAGUUGCAGCGUAACACGAAUGGUGGUGAUAAUAAAUAAUUAAAAUUGCAGACAGAGAAAAACAAUUAUUAAACAGUGAAUGCUGAGAAAUGAGGAGAGAGAUUUGUUGUUGCAGUUGUUAUACGAUAUAUUAUAUAUAUUUUGAUUCGUUGGCACCACUUUUUUAUCCACUCUCUCGUGUAUAUCUUCGAUUCAUUGUACAUUUAUCGAUUGGGAUUCUGCAUGCGAAAAGAAAGAGACACGUGUUGUUCUACUUUUGAGCUCGAUUUUCAGUUGUUAGAAAAAGCACAAAUCCGACUUUUGAAGAUUCGAAUAAUUCUGUUGUACAAAAAGGUGGACUUGUUUUCUGUUUUAUUAUGCCACACGUUUGUAGAACGUGUUUGUCAUCAAUUAAGUAUUUAUGCAAAGUGUAACUCUUAAGUUGAACUAUUUUUGUGGAUUUUCCCUUACAAAAGUUAUUUAUUCGGUUUAUUUCUUGUGGUAUUUUGAAACAUCAAAAUAUGUUUGUGUGCUCACCAGGAAAUAAAAAUUUAAAGUUUCCUAAAAGAA